AAGCCCCGCCCCCUGACUGUUCUCGCGUUCGCGGACGGCUGUGGUGUUUUGGCGCAUGGGCGGAGCCGUAGUUACGGUCUACUGGGGCGUCGUCCCUAGCCCGGGAGCCGGGUCUCUGGAGUCGCGGCCCGGGGUUCACGAUGUCCGACGAGGAAGCGAGGCAGAGCGGAGGCUCCUCGCAGGCCGGCGUCGUGACUGUCAGCGACGUCCAGGAGCUGAUGCGGCGCAAGGAGGAGAUAGAAGCGCAGAUCAAGGCCAACUAUGACGUGCUGGAAAGCCAAAAAGGCAUUGGGAUGAACGAGCCGCUGGUGGACUGUGAGGGCUACCCCCGGUCAGACGUGGACCUGUACCAAGUCCGCACCGCCAGGCACAACAUCAUAUGCCUGCAGAAUGAUCACAAGGCAGUGAUGAAGCAAGUGGAGGAGGCCCUGCACCAGCUGCACGCUCGCGACAAGGAGAAGCAGGCCCGGGACAUGGCUGAGGCCCACAAAGAGGCCAUGAGCCGCAAACUGGGUCAGAGUGAGAGCCAGGGCCCUCCACAGGCCUUCGCCAAAGUGAACAGCAUCAGCCCCGGCUCCCCAGCCAGCAUCGCGGGUCUGCAAGUGGAUGAUGAGAUUGUGGAGUUCGGCUCUGUGAACACCCAGAACUUCCAGUCACUGCAUAACAUUGGCAGUGUGGUGCAGCACAGUGAGGGGAAGCCCCUGAAUGUGACAGUGAUCCGCAGGGGGGAAAAACACCAGCUUAGACUUGUUCCAACACGCUGGGCAGGAAAAGGACUGCUGGGCUGCAACAUUAUUCCUCUGCAAAGAUGAUUGUCCCUGGGGAACAGUAACAGGAAAGCAUCUUCCCUUGCCCUGGACUUGGGUCUAGGGAUUUCCAACUUGUCUUCUCUCCCUGAAGCAUAAGGAUCUGGAAGAGGCUUGUAACCUGAACUUCUGUGUGGUGGCAGUACUGUGGCCCACCAGUGUAAUCUCCCUGGAUUAAGGCAUUCUUAAAAACUUAUGCUUGGCCUCUUUCACAAAUUAGGCCACGGCCCUAAAUAGGAAUUCCCUGGAUUGUGGGCAAGUGGGCGGAAGUUAUUCUGACAGGUACUGGUGUGAUUAUUAUUAUUAUUUUUAAUAAAGAGUUUUACAAUGCUGAUGUGACCCUGUUGUCACCCCAGCUGAAUUUCUUAUGACCCUCCCAAACCAAAGCUCAGAUGGGGUCAGAAGAGCUUCAUGGAAAGUUGGGCAAAACAGGCUAGCAAUUGCGAAGUCAGGCUUUGACCAACAUAUUUCUUUGCACUGAGGCCUUGCUGCUGUGGAUACGGAAAUUGUUAAGUACUGUGCUUCCUCAGCAGCUGGGCUGUCAGGGCCAUAGUAGCUCCCUUUCGAGAACAGGGAAAGCCUGGAGGCUUCCCAGGUGGCCCAGUGUGGUGUCGUGUCAGCUUCCUCUUUAGGAACCCACCAGAGGGCAGCAAGCUCCUUUCACUUCGGUAGUAAGAACCCCUCCGUUUUUGUGUGUUUUUGUUUUUGUUUUCUGGAGACAAGGUCUUGCUUUGUCACCCAGGCUGGAGUGCAGUGUCGUGAUCAAGGUUCACUGAAGCCUUGACCCUGUGGGCACUGCCUCAGCCGCCCAAAUAUCUGGGACCACAGGCGUGCACCACCAUGCAUAGCUAAUUUAUUUUUUGUAGAGACAGGGUCUCCCUGUGUUGACCAGGUUGGUCUCGAACUCCUGGGCUCAAGCAGUCCUCCUGCCUUGGCCUCCUAAAGUGCUGGGAUCACAGGCGUGAGCCACUGCGCCCAGCCCACUGCUAGUUUGACUUUUUAUAAUUGAACCUCCUGACUAUGCCCUGAGAUCAGCGCUAUUUUGUAAACCGCUGAGGUAUGGAUAGGAACGAGUAGAUCAGACCUCUUGAAAAUGCUUAUUCUUCCUCCCUUUUAUUUUUUGUCUCUUUUAAGAUGGUAAAAUGGUUCUCAGGGAUUCCUGCCAAUGCUUUGAAUUAUUUUUUCCUCUCCAUGAUAUCAGUGUUCAUUUCCCCAGUUCUUGCACACCGCUUUCUGUUUUGGCAGUUCUGCCAGGCAAGCCCUGUGUUCCUUGGGACUGGUUUUGCUGUGGUUGGAUACAGAUACCAGCUUGCCUUGAUGGGAUUGGUAUUGCUGUGUGCUUCCAGCCACAGGUUCUCACACUCAAUUCCAAAGCCCUCCAAUUGGGCGAAUUCCCUCAAACUCUAUUUGACCUGACAGCCAUACAUAUUCCCCUCUGGUAGCCACAGACAUGCUGUGUUUACCAAUGUUUGCUGUUUAAAUUGCAUGUUCUAAUUCCACGUAUUUUCCAGUCUCUUUAUAAAGUCUCAGACUAUAAUAAACACAGCUUGCCCAGUU